ACCAGGGCAACCUGGCCAGCCUCUUGGGAGUAGGUGUGUGAUCUCCAUACUCUUGCGGAGGUCAGAAUAUGGAGAACUUCUCAUUCCUUAGCAUCUCUGGACCUCGAAUCUCUUCCUCUGCCCGGAGCACUUUUCCUGACAUUUUGUCCUCAUAUGCCACCAGCUUGCCAGACAUUGCAAAGACAGCGGUACCCAAGGAGGCUGCCAACCCUGCUCAGUCCUUGCCACCCCAGUACCAAAGGAGCUCUCUCCGGCAUGGGGUGCAUAGCAGAGUGUCCUUCCCAGACUGCACCUCAGGGGACAACCCAAACGGGAAGCAGCUGAGGCGAAACUGCAUCAUCUACCGACCCUGGUUCUCCCCGUAUAGCUACUUCGUGUGCCUGGACAAAGAGAGCCACCUAGAAGCCUGCAGCCUCCCAGAGGCGGAACAGGAUGAGUGCAGAGGGGAUGGCAGCCUUCUUGAGGACGAGGCUGAGAGUAUCUGCUCCUCCUCUUCCUCCCCAGAGAACACAUGUGCCCCAGAAGCCACUAGAAAAACCAGGCACGGCCUGGACUCUGUGGAUUACGUCACAUCCCAGGACAUCCUAAUGGCCUCCAAGUGGUACCCAACUCAGCAGAACGGCUACAAAUGUGCGGCCUGUUGUCGCAUGUACCCCACGCUGCACUCCCUUAAAGGUCAUAUCAGGUGGGGGUUUAAGGAGGGAUUCAGCUGCAGGGUGUACUACUGCAAGCUCAAAGCCCUCUGGAGCAAAGAGCAGAAGUCCCGGCCCGGGGACAGGCUCUCCUCAGGCAGCUGCCAGGCCUUCAAGUAGUCACCUCAGGUAAACAGGGGAGGAAGCCUAUUGCUGUGUCUAGAGAGAUGCCAAUA